GGAUGUUUUGAGCCUGUUUAGAGGGUCUCUCAGAGGGUGUCACAGUCAAAAGGAUUCCUUUGAUUUUGUGGCUUUCAGGUGAGGCAGGUAAAGGGCCAGCGGGGGGUUUAUUCAGAUCUUGUUUCUCAGAAGGCAGCGCUCCAUUCUUCCACCAGAGUGGGCUCCUGAGCAGCAGCACUCCAGCCGCAUUGAUUUCACGGACACUCAUGUUAGACACGACCUUAGGGCCCCUCUCAGUUCGAAUCAAGGUGUUUAGUUCAGAACUUUAGGUUCCAGCCCCCAGAAGCUGCCUGCCUUUAAGGACAUCGCUUCACUUCUUUGGAUCUUGGUAAAUUAGCCUUUAAGAAAACAAGGGUAGAUUUGACAGCCAUUAAGCUCCUUUCCUCUUGUAAAGAUUGGUUGUCUUUUUAUUGUAUGGCUUUUCUUAAUAUAUUUCACCGAUGCUUUCUCCCAAAUCCAGCACUGGCACAAAAAUUUCUGUGGCAUAUUUUGUGAAUAUGAAAGUUGACUUCCCGUCCUCUUACUCUUGGAAGAAAGACUCUGAGGGUGUUUGAGAGAGAAUAAUAGCUGGUGUAGAGACCCGGCGACAGAUGUCCCCCCUGCCUUGCAGGCACUGAAAAGAAAGAAGAGAUUUGAGAAGCAGCUCACACAGAUUGACGGCACCCUUUCCACCAUUGAGUUCCAGCGGGAGGCGCUAGAGAACUCACACACCAACACUGAGGUCUUACGGAACAUGGGCUUCGCAGCCAAGGCCAUGAAAGCUGUUCAUGAAAACAUGGAUCUCAACAAAAUCGAUGACUUGAUGCAAGACAUCACAGAGCAGCAGGACAUUGCCCAGGAAAUCUCAGAAGCGUUUUCUCAAAGAGUUCAGUUUGCUGAUGGCUUCGAUGAGGAUGAGCUUCUGGCGGAGCUCGAGGAACUGGAGCAGGAAGAAUUAAAUAAGAAGAUGACAAGCAUGGAGCUCCCAAAUGUGCCUUCCUCAUCCCUCCCAGCACAGCCCAGCAGGAAGGCCGGCGUGCCUUCCUCUGUGCACCGCUCUCGAGCAGCAUCUUCCAGGAGGGCAGAGGAAGAUGAUGACUUCAAGCAGCUGGCAGCCUGGGCCACUUAAGCUACAACGGAAAAAAAAAUUGACACCUAAAUUAUUGAACUACACAUAAGACGUAAAUGCUUUGCGAAGCUUAGAAAUUAGCAGAGACAUGUUUUACAUGGAUUGUUGCCUUUUAAAUAACAGUUAAGGUAUAGUCAGGGUUGCAAAGGGGCCCAGUAUCAUUGGAGGAGAGCUUUCCAGACUGCUGGACUCACGGAGCUGCUCUAUUUACUACUGUGUUUCUAGUCCUGGUAUAUAGUUGAUUUUUUUUUUGUAUGUAUGUAUUGAAAACAACUCUUCUGACAUUUAAUACACAUUCCAGUUUAUAAGCCUUCCCGAGGAAUACCUAGGAUAACUGGGGGUGCAGGGUUGGGGGAUGUCUAUGCAAAUACAAGGCAGCUGUGUGCAUCCUGGUCACCCACAGCAAAAAUAAAUACGCUGCUAGAACAGACUUGUUCUAGUGAGUCUGUAUAGUUUCAGUUGAGUUUCACAGCUGAAAAUCUUCAGGGAGCUUUACUUUAAUUGACGUUUAGUACGCUGAUUGAGCUUUGAGUGGGGCAAUGGAGGGAUCUCCCCAAAAAUCUGAAAGCAGUAACAGCUUAGUGUGCCGGGCAGGCGUCUCCGGGCUGUGAAGCACCUGCUGAGUGGACACUCGCAGGCUGUUGCCAGCACCGUUCAUUCUCUGCUGUUUUGUGUUCUCUUGCCCUUUUAACAAGAACAAAACAAAACGAGAUCCAAACAUUUCACAGCGUGCACUUUGUAAAUAUAUUAAAAUACUGGCAAUUAAAAAAUGUAUCUCAAGUAAAAA